AUGGCUCCCAAAGCGACCGCACCGGCGAGUGCAACGAGUUCUACUACAACAAAGGAUGCCAACGUCACCACCACUCCUGAAACAAAGGGCCAGAUGACCGGGGAGGAGUCAAAGGUCCAUGAAGCGACCGCACCGGCGAGUGCAACCAGUUCUACUACCACAAAGGAUGCCAAUGUCACCACCACUCCUGACACAAAGGGCCAGGUGGCUAAGGAGGCUCCCGAUUCAGCUAUUGAUGAAAGAUUAGUACAAGCAAUCAACGGACUAAUUAAAGCGAGGCUUCACUACGCGCUUUCAAUUGGGUGUGUUGAUGACUUAAAUAACGACGCACGAGAUGCCAAAAUCGAAAGUUUCUCGGCAGCAGUCGAAUCGGAAAUUCUCUCAGUGAUUGACGAGAAGUGUGACGAAAGAAUGUCGACCGAAUGUCUUAUGAAGAAAAUAAUUAAUGAAAAGCUUGAAGUUAUUACUAACGAGAAGAAGAAACCCUACGAGCCAAUCAUUGCUUAUGGAGGACUGAUCACGACAAUAAUAGUGACGGGUGGUUUUGUUGGGACAGUAGUAUUUUCUGUCAAACAAAACGAAGCCAACGACGCAGCUGCUCAAGUAUCCCAGCAGAAUCUGGAGACUGCACAGGCAGCGUAUAAGCUCACUGUUCGAAGCAACAACAUGGCCAUGAUAGCUGCGAACACUGCAGCACUAGCCUACCAGUUGAAUGCCUUUCAAUUGUGUCAACAGUAUCCGAAUGCAACAUUCGCAGACAAUUUCACCUGUACCAAUGUCCUUGGAACGCCCAAUAGCAUACCCUAA